AUGGCAGCGUUACUGGUUAACCUCCUCAGACCAACGGAAAUUUGUCGCGGAAUAAGGGACAUGCUACGUGUUAAAACGGACAUAAAUAUUGACAAUCGGCAUCCCAGUCUUAGUCUUGGAAACUCUCGUGCUUGGGCAAGAGGUCAAACUAAUGUAGCAGAAUAUGUAGAACCUCAGAGUACGAGGACAAUUACGGUUCGAACUAUUAUAUCUUCCCGAGGUAUAAUAGUCUAUGAAAUCCAAAACGUGACUCUCGUACCUCAUUAUCUCAUAAUAACUUGGACAGUUAAAAACUGGCUAAAACGGGGAACGAAUUCAGUAUCAUGUCAUGUUCAGCAAACUCUGGAUAAUAGUAAAACACUUAAACAGCUAUACAAAGACUUUCAUGACAAAGCAAACAGGAGAUAUGUUGGAACAACUGCUAUUCCUAUGCAUGAGUUCGCUUACCGAAUUUCUGCAGGAAUUACCGAUGGGUCCAACGCCCAAGUAUCUAUCACCAUUCAAUAA